UACUCUUACACUUUUAGCUCAUUAUUCAGUUAUUCGUCCUAAAGCAUUUUAUUCAGUUAUUAUUAUUCAUUUCUAUGAAUCAUUCAGUACAUUCAGACAGUGAAUAUAAUAACAUAUGUAGUUCUGAGUGCAAGAAAGAUUAGUCCCGAGCUGCCAGUGGAUCCUGGGAGUUUAAGAGGUUAACGUGUCGUUUGAGAAGCAUCAGGUUAGUAUUGUAAUUUUUUUUAUCUACUCUAAAGCCUAAAAUAGCAUCUGAGUGAGUUAGUAAAAUUAGUUUUAAAACCUAAAAGUAAUGAUGCAUAGGAUUUUGAAUGUUCACAUUAAUUUUUCAAAAAUAAGAAUUUCUCUGUGAAUUUACAUUCAAAUUUAUAUUCAAAUAUACUCAGAUUUAUUAUGUUUGUGAAGUACAUUAUAUAUGUUGAUUCCUUUUUUUUUGGGAAGGGGUUUGUGCGAAUUAAUUCUUAACUACACCAGCAAUAAAGUUUGUUGACGCACAAAUCAAAAAUUAAUAUAAAUUUCUAUACUUGAUAUACUCUUUUAUACUUCCUGAAGGAAAAGUAAAUCUACAAAAACACAACAGGUCAUAUCUCUGCUUUUAUAGAGGAGUUAAACUGGAAAUGUGACUACGUUUUUUAAUAGAAGUUUGACAACCUUCAACGCUAUCAGUACAGCCGAAGGCGGCUCUCACACAUUCUUUCAUCCGGCUUUUUCACUUUGUUUUCAAGCAGUCGUGUUCAAAUUUAACUCUGCCAAUUGUUGUAUUUGCUAAGCAAAUAUCUGUAGAGAUAGGAAACAAUUACACAGUGCAUACUAUGGACUCUGUGUUACCUUAAGAUAUGAAAUAAAAUGUGAGUUCUCAGCAGUUGUUUUAAGUUUAAAUUUGAGGAGGCAAAGUGAUUGUCACUGAUUGAAGGUGGCCAUUGUGGGGCCCCUUUGCCUGUUCAUUAUGAAGGCUUCUUGACAAUAAGUGCAUUGCCUAUGUGAGCCUUAUUCCUCGCCCCCGGGCUUGCGCUGAUCCAACCUUGAACUUGUGCUGUCAAAGGCCUAGGGAGUCGUGUGUGUGUGUGUGUGUGUGUGUGUGUGUUCUUUUGGGGGGGUUGAAUUGCAGUGCAAGUUUGUGCAUGCUGCAACCUACGCUCACCUCCUCCCUCUCCAUACUGUUUGAAUUCUCUCUUGAACCUGAGUUUUAGCUUGAACCUUGGGAGCAAAAGUUCCUCAUGAAACUGUACUCCGCUUCGCUAAACCUCAUGUGCUCCCACAUCGGGACCCACUUACUGUGAAACGUAACCAAAUUUCCUCUGCUAAAUGAAAACAUAUCAGCAAAAGCAAAGUCAAUUGCCCCCUUUGCCCUGAAUGGUGCAGUCGAAUCUCCAGCAAUCUGACAUUACACGCAGGCCCGUGUCGUCGGGUGGGGUCAGAUAGUUUCGAGUGUCUAAAAGAUGUGACAGAGAAAGGGAAGUGAGCUUGUUCAUUUUGGAGGUCAUAACAAUCAACCAAGUACAGAGUUAUACAUCACUCUGAACUGCUGUGAUGACAGGCUUCAGAGCGUACAUGAGACAUGCUGAAUGUGUAGUCACACACACACGAGUGUGUAUGCAGGGUGAAGCAGCCGUAUGUUCUGGACUGAUCAGUUUGCACCGUGAGCUGUGCUUUUAGUAACGUUGCCGUGAUACUCUGCACCAAAAUAACCAACUAAGUCUCCUUUACACCACCUCUGAAGGGUUUGAGCCUUAUAUACUCCUCAGAAAAGUGAUACCAUUGUAUCAGAAUAAAGCUUACUAUAUACAAGCAGCCUUGUGUGCUUAUGAUAUGGAUGGACUUGCUCCAUUUUUUUAGGUGCGAUCUUGGCUAGAUUUCAGCAAAAGCCUUAUGACAAUUAUUAUAUAAUUUAUCAAACUGUCUGAUGGUCAUUAAAUUACACAUCGUAACCAAGCAAGCCGGUUCUGGUUCCAGACUGAUUUUGGAUAUGCAGCUGCAAGCACACAAGCUGCCUGAUACAUCUGGGAUAACAAAGAGAGAAUAAAUACGAUGAUAAAGACAGAAAUAAGAUAUACAUUCAGUCUUAUAUAAAUAAGAGAUAAUAUACAUAAGAAAUAAGAGUAAUGAGAGAAAAGAGAGAAAGAUGUGGGGCAGACACAGAUCCAGAGAGAGAAAGAGAGCGAAAUCAUGUUGUUGGUUCUCAUCACUCUGGUUCUCAGAGGCAAUGUAUCGAGACCAGCGCAUGUAACCCAUAAGGCCGUGGGCUGGGGCCUGGCUGGAGGGGUUCUGCCCGUCGGCCCGUGAGUAAGGGAAAACUGCUCUGGCUAACAUAACGCCAAAUUUGAAUGUUUUGACUGCAUGAGAGGAAACAGUUGGCGAGACCCAUCAGGAAAAAAAAAAUCACAUGCAAAUUGUGUAUGAAAGCGUUCAUGCAGUAAAGGUUGUGUGUCCCCAGAGAGACCUAACCUGAAGAGUGCUGAAGAGAGCUCUAUGUGCCUCCUUUUUCAUGCCUCAGAACUCCUAACAUGUUUAUUUUCCACAUAUUUGGAAAGAGAAUGUUUGUUAGCUGUCUAACCAGCGUGUCAAUACAUAUUCUAGCCCACGGCUGUUAGUCUGGUUUUACUAUUGUAAAGUACUGUGCAGAAGUCUUAGGCACAUGCAAAGAAAUGCUGUAGUGCAAAGAUGCUUUCAAAAAUAAUGAAAUUAAAUCUUUCUACAUAAAAAAUACUAUAAAGAGCAGUAAACAGUAAUAAAUGAUACAAAAAUCAAUAUUUAGUGUGAUGACCCUUUGAUUAAAAAAAAAACAAAAAACAAAUAGUAAUCUCAGGUACAAUUUGUGCAGUUUUAUAAGGAAAUGAGCUGUAAGUGUUACUGAGCAUCUUGGAGAAUCUGCCACAGUUCUUCUGGAGACUUUGACUGUUACACUUGCUUCUUAUUUUUGCAGCAAAACCCAGCAGCCUUCAUUAUGUUUUUUGUCUGAAAAGUGUCUCUUACAUAAUAUGCUGCUUUCUUUACUGACAUACAAAUGUUUUUCUCUAACAUUUAAUUUUGUGCUGGAAAACUAAUGUUUGGAAAUUUAAAUUGUUUUUGUACUGAAUCAAUAAUGUAGAAGUCCUAAAAUAAAAAUCAGUAACAAAAUUUGUACUAAAAAAAAUAGUGUGUCUGAGAAUUUUGCACAGUACUGUAUAUGGAGGACUCGACUCAGGCUGUCAUGCACUAUUAAGACAGCUACUCAUUAGGCCCUUCUAGACUGUGGUGCUGUUACUGAAAUGAGGCAUGUGAAAGAACAGUGUUUAAUGCCCAAAUUGCAAAUGUAUAAACUGUGAAAAAGGGACUUAAAGAAAAAAGAUUUUGGAAAAUUAUUGUAUAUCAUGAUGCAGCAUUAUAAAAAGCUCCCUGUUCUUACUUCCUCAUUUGUACCCCAUUGUGGAUUUAUCCUCGGGGUCUAAUCAUAGAUAUGCGGUCACUGAGUUGCAUAAGACCCCUGAUGUGCUAAGAGGGCCAGGAGAUUUGAGUUACGCACUAAGUCCUUCCAAUUUCAUCAUCUCUGGAAAUAGAAAUAUCCUCUUCUUCCCUGGGGCACACAUGCUGACCCACCUAUUUCACAGCUUAAUUUAAAUGAGCGUCAUGGUAGCAACUACGUAUUUGUAAGAAAACUGCAGACAAACUACAAACUUCCAUUAAUGCCAGAGAGCAUCUGUUUACACACCUCAUGUGGGAAACAGAAUCACUGACAUACCAUUCCAUUGUCAGACUGUCAUCAGUGGUAUUAAUCAUGGCACUGAAGAAGGGCUCUCAUGAGAGAAAGAGGGAGAGGGCGAUAGACAUACGUAGGGCGUGAAAUAGAGAGGAGAGAGAAUGUUUAUCAGUGGUGGGUUGGAAUUAUUAAGCACUUGUAAGAUGAUCACUAGAAAUCGUUGGAAGUUUUGCCAUUGUUUUGUGACAUAUUAUUUACUUUACGCUCCACUCUAUAAAUUAUUCCCCUGUCUGUUUGAUAGUCACACUCAUUAUCACUCUAAUGAAUAGAGCCUGUAGUAUUUACCAUUAUUAACAGUCAGAUGCUAAACUGACCUCAUCCCUGCUACUAAAAGCAUGACUGAGAGGACGGCAGAGUUGAGGGGUCAGGAUAACCGCGAGCGAGUGGCAGUUUGUUGAUACCCAGCCCUUGUUGCUAUUGCUAUCCGGGUACCAGGUUGCGUUCUGGGUAACUGGUGGAUAAUUUACACACUUGUGCUGUGGUCAGCAGUAGCACCAUGGAGACACAGAGGCAGUGUGACACCUUGGGCCAGUAAACUGUGCUCCUGAUCCUUCCUCCCUCUCUCAGCUCUACCCCAACAUGACCUUAACCUCAGCAAUGCACGCAGGCACAGGCAACUGAAUACUCACCUCUGAGAUUCUGAUAAGAAAAUCCUCGGCAGGUUUAUGAGGAGCUGGAGUGAGAGAUGAACUCUGAGCAGGAAAGGCCGUUCGUUUGCAGCGCUCCAGGCUGCUCUCAGCGUUUCCCUACAGAAGACCAUCUAAUGAUUCAUCGCCACAAGCAUGAGAUGACCCUCAAAUUUCCCCCCAUCAAAAGUGAUAACAUGCUAUCAGACCAGACGCCAACCCCAACACGCUUCCUGAAGAACUGUGAGGAGGUAGGACUGUUCAGUGAGCUGGACUGCUCCAUCGAGCAGGAGUUCUGCAAAGCCCAAGAGGAGGAGGACACCAAACAGAAUAUUGCUCUUCAUGCACAACCAGGCCCCAACCAGCACCAGCAACCUCACAGCCGAAUGGCCAACCAUGAGAGCAGCAUAGUGAUACAGCAGGCAUUGCCGUCACCACAGUCCAGCUCAGUCAUCACGCAGGCUCCUUCCACCAACAGACAGAUCGGCCCAGUUCCUGGCUCUCUCUCAUCACUGCUACACUUGAGGAACAGACAGCGACAGCCUCUGCCAGCCUCCAUGCCUGGCACUCUGCCCGACCCCACCAUGCAGGGAUCCUCCGCCGUGCUCAUGCCUAUGGAGAGACAAAUGUCCAUGGGCUCCAACAUAAUGGGCAUGCAAGGCCCCACCCACAGCAGCUCCUGUUCCUCUCCUCAUGUACCAUCCAUGCAUUCAGAAGCAAAACUGAGACUGAAAGCUGCUCUGGCUCACCAUCCGGGGCCUAUCUCCAAUGGCAACAUGAAUACGAUGGGUCACAUGAUGGAUAUGAUGUCGUCAAGGCAAGAGCAGAGCAGCCAUCACCAUCUGCAUUCUCACCCUCACCAACAUAUGCAGGCCCCGCCGCAUGGUUACCCACACCACGGCCACCACCACAGCCACGCCCAGACAGGCCACCACCACCCGCAGGGCCACGGACACCAUAACUCUCACCCAGGCCACCUACACCCUGCACACGGGCACCAGACGUCUCCUCACGCACCAAUGCACUCCGCUGCCCCCCAGUUAUCCCCAGCCGCGCAGCAAAUGCAGCCCACGCAGACACUGCAGUCUGGACCACCCAGUGGGGGUCGGCGCAGACGCGUGGUGGAUGAGGACCCUGACGAGCGCCGGCGCAAGUUUCUAGAGAGGAACCGGGCGGCCGCUACACGCUGCAGGCAGAAGAGGAAAGUGUGGGUGAUGUCUCUGGAGAAGAAAGCUGAGGAGCUCACCCAGACUAAUAUGCAACUUCAGAAUGAGGUGAGCAUGCUGAAGAAUGAGGUAACUCAGCUCAAGCAGCUCCUACUGACACACAAAGACUGUCCCAUCACCGCCAUGCAGAAGGAGUCACAGGGUUACCUCAGUCCAGAAAGCAGUCCAGCAGGAAGUCCGACCCCUGUGACCCAGCAGCAGGUCAUCCAGCACAACACCAUCACCACAUCCAACACGGCCCCCAAUCACUGCACAGACAUCAACCCCAUCCACUAGAGACUCUCUAUGUCUUAGACGCUCGAACAGCUGCACCAUGAGCUCCAUGAACAAAGGCACACCUCUGGGCCUCUGCAGCAACUCUUAUUUCCAUAUGUUUUUGGUACAUGUAAAUCUCAUGGUUUCUUUGUUUGUUUUUUUUUUUUUUGCUGUUUUUUAAUUUGAAAAUAGUUUCAAAAGGAGGCCUAUCAAAAUUAAUCCAGUGCUGAACUUUUUAGCAUGACCCGUUCACACAAAUUCAAGGUACAAAGUCGAGGGGUUACCAUGAUUUUACAUCUGAAGAGAGAGUUUGAGACUGUUUCUGCGUGUUUUACUGAUUUACUGACUGUCCCUCAAAUACUACUGCCUUCCCACAUAUGCAACAGUCAAAUUGUAGCCUUGAUGUGUCCUUUCUCAUUGCUCUGAACUAUAAUGCCAAAAAAGCUGUUCUUUUUGUAUCUGUUUGUAUUUACAAAUGAUUUAUGAUAAUUAACUGUUCUGUUACACUUCCAUUCUCCUGCAAGGCGAUGAAAAACGAAAACCUAAUUGAUAAUCCAUUAUGUAUUGAUGACAAUAAUGAUGUUAAAUGGAAGCAAUAUACAUCAGUCUGACGUAUGCUCAACAACUUGGCUGUCAUUUUACUAUCAAUUUACCAGAUUUAAUUCGCAACAUCACAGUGCAGUAAAUUAUCUGCUUAGCUGGUGCUUGGCUGUGCUGCUUUCAGCAGUGGCCAGUAAUUUUAAAAUCAAGUUAUAUCAAGUAGUGUUUGAUUUGAGUUUGAGUGUCUGCCUUGUUGACCAUGUGUCAGAAUUCUGGUGAGGCCCACUGUAUGUGUGUGUGUGUGUGUGUGUGAGUGUGAGUCAGAGAGUGCAUGAAUCUCAUUGGCUGCUCUAGCCAUAUGCUGAAUCUCAGCACAGUGACACCCUGGAGACAUCUCUGCUUACGAAAACCUCUGGGCCAAGUUACAAAGGCCUUCUUUAGAGUAAGAAAAUAAUGUAAUCACCAGUAAUCAAUGUUUGUUUAAAUCUGCAAGGCCAUUGUUUUGUUGGAUGAAUAUGAGGUUGAAAUCUACCCUUUUUUGAGCAUGGCCAGAAGAGUCUGUCUCUUGGUUGCUCCUUAAGUCUAUGAUUAUGCAGUAUGUAAUAUGAUCAUACAGUCUAACAGACUCAACAGAUGUUGAUUAGAUUGUCUGGAUUGAGAGAGAUCCAGAUUGGGUGCAUAAGAAAGCUUUAUGAGCAGCUCUGCCUCUCAAGGACCAAGCAAAUACUCAAUAGAGGUCUACAGAAUUUCCUACAGCAGAUACCUAUGGGUCUGUAGGAGGUAAAAUCUGCUGCUGCACUGGAGAUCUUCAUAUUGAUAGCAGCUUCUUCUUACUAUAAGGACAUUCCAAUGUGAACCCUAUUUUUGCCCUUUUAUCUUUGUUUGGUUGUUUGUACAAAAGACUUCUUUACCUCAGGACUGCAUUAUCCCAGACACGAAGCUGCCCACUGUAGCCAUGAGUGGCUGAGCAGGCCUUGAACUCCUGAUGAGGUUGUAUCGAUUAGCUGUCUCCCUUUAACUUUGACUUAUUACAUAGUGCUUUAGUUCAUUUGUCUAAGGGAAUGUAGCAUUUUACUAUUUCUAAACAGGUACCAAUCUAAACUAUGCUUUCCAGCUCUCACCAUGUGCCUGAACUAUUUUGUGACUUACUCACAUGCAAAAGAAUGUCAGUCAUUAUUAAUAUCGUACAUUUUUUUGUGUUGAAGAUUUUAUGUUCUUUUGUAAAAGUUCAGACUAAUUGCUUAUUUGCAUAGAGCUCUUCUUGGGGAUUCACUUUGGUGGACACUUGAGUAUUCCUCUGGACUUUGGAGGCCUGUGAUGAGAGCACCUUGACCUUUUUUGACUUUUCUCAGGCAUCCAUGGUCAAGCCCAACUAAAUCGUUACGUUUGCGCCAAAAUGUUUCCCCCUAACAGGAGAAAAGGUCCUUUGUCCUGCAGAUGAACUCUCAAGUAUUCCACGGCUUGUCAAGGACAUUUAACCCCUCUUAAUUGGAACAUAUUGAUUUCUUUCACCUUUCCAUGCAGCACUGUGUCUGGAGCGGGAGCGUGCUAAACCACCUCCACAUUUAGAGGAGGAUCCAUGUAGCUGUCUAUGCACUUUGACCUCUGCGAUUACAGCAGAGUUUGAAAUAGCCAUAUUGAAGACUCAGUGAUUCUUCUGUUCCCACACCAGCGAGAUGCAGUCCCUGUCGUCCCAUGGAGACAGAGGCAUCGCAGUUUUUUGUAUCUCCCAAAAAAGGAGUCCCUUAUUGGGCCAUCCUACUGGAAUCCAAGGAAAUGUAUAUCUUCACUUUCAGACUUUGUGUCUAGAUGCUCUUAUAGCUUUAAAAGAUUUCAGAUAUCUCUUUCAGAUGUCUCUUUCUAUCUACGAAAAACUUUGUAGAUAACCUUUGUAGGUUUUUCACACUGUGAAGGUGGCUGGGGUAGUAAUGUGAAAUAGAACAAUAAUGUUUUCUAUUGAGUCUAAGACCUCAUGCGUUGUGUUUGCAUUCGGUCAGUUGCAGCAGUUUCCCCAAUGAACGAUGUAACUGAAGCCAGCACUUGCUACAUGUAGCGUUGUAAAGAGGCUUUUUCUUUUCAGUUUUUCCAUGAUUGUGGUUUUGUCACAGUUAAACACGACCCUGAUAAUAGUACAUGUGUGUCAUCUCAGUGUGCAUUUCAGUACUGCACUCUAGUUGCUGCAUAGCAAUGUAGUGAGCUAGCGAGAAAGUUGGCCACCAUAGCUGUCUUAAUCCAGACUAAAAAUAGACCUGAUAUUUGUACGGAACUCUCAACUUUUGCAUCCACGUUCUCCACUGUGUUAAAGGUUGUAUAUUACAGGCUUAACCAGGAAGGCUCAUGAAAGAUAACAUUUAAAUGGGUCUCUGUGGAGGACCGUAUGGUUGUCAGUUGACACAUUCAUCAUCCAGCAACAUGUCUCAGGCUACACUGGAGUAGCAAAGUUAAACAACCAUCAGACAUCCUGCAGUAUUUCAUCUCCUCAGUCUUUUCAUUUCAAAUGACAGCAGAUCAGGUUAACGUCCUCUAUGGGCGACAUCACCUCUGCUCACCGCAGAGGCCGAGAGCAAAACAGAUUCAACUGGAAUGAUUUAUAAAAGGAAAAUAAUACAGAUUAAUCUCAUCUUGUUGAUUUGGACAUCGUUCCUUUUUUAAAAAAUGGGCGAAUAGGUUUGUCUUUUGUACUUGCUUUUUAAAAAAAAUGGAGAGAAAAAUGUGUGUGCAAGUAUGCUUGUGUGUGUGAGUGUGUGUUAUUUUUUGCAAGAUGGUGGACAUAAAAAAAAGUAUAAAUGUAUCAUUUGAAACAUAAAAAUAUAAAUAUUGUAUAGAUUCUCAUUAAUCUUGCUCAUGUAAUGCAACCACCUUUCUUCUCGAAAGGAGUCAAUGUUUGGUACAUGUUGUAAAUAAUGUUUGCAUAGCACUUCAAGUGUUUGUUCAAAUGUUUGUUCAAAUGUCUGUUCCUUUCUGUGCAUAAACAUUUCCUCGUUUAUUCCACAUCCUGGAUUCAAACAUGCCUGCAUAACUUUGUACAUUUUAUAUAUGUUUGUGUUUGUUCAUUUUUUUGUCUAUGCCUAUGUACAGAUGUGAGAUCACAGCAGCUAUACAGCAGCUAUAUUACAGUAUGGAAAUAAAGCACUUGUUCAGUAACAAAGCAAGCCAAGCUUUAUUAAGGGAAAGAUAAAUAUGAUUUUUUUGUCAUUGCCAGUUGUUUGCUAAAUGAAGUGCAUCAAUCUACAGUACACUUACAUCUAAACCAUUACACAGGAUAAUAGGUCUCAAAAAUAUUGCUUGUAUUUCAUCUAUAUGCAUACAUUUAGCUAUGCUUGUUAGCUACUUUACACUUUAAACCACAAUUUCACAAAUUCUUCUAGACCUCUAUAACAGGUGAGAGGAAUAAACCAUAACAGUUGUCCAUCAGCAUAGCUUACACAAUAACUUCCAACAAUUAUAGUAGACGAGACUUUUCUUCCUAAUUCAAUGCUCAGUUUGAUUUCAUCAGCUUGUUGAAGGACUUGUGUAUGAAUAGUUAGUAAUAUCUAAUAAUGUAGCUCAUAAAAGUAUAUAAUUACAAUUAGAUGGUCUAAGAAUGAAUUUGUGUUUAUGAUGAAGUGAGAGUGAGAGGAAAUAAUUAUGCAGACUUUUGUUUUUGUUAUUUAAUAUACUUCCAGUGCAUAUAUCCACUUGGAAUUUAUACACGCUUAUAGAUAUGAACACACAUUAGGUAUCUGUAGCUGUAAGUAUAAAAAGAAAUAUGGUUAAAAAAUGAAAUUUUAUAGGGGACAAAGAAUUCAGACACUACAAAUUAACAACAUUAGUACUCUGUUGCAAAGCCGAUGUUGCCAAUUACAGCUUCAAGAUGACUACGGUAAGAAAUAAUUAGCCUUUUGCAGCGUUGUGGUUGAGUUUUGGUCCAUUCCUCUUGGCAAAUCAUCUUUAAUUCCCCAGGGUUAUGAGGAUCCCUCUGAUGGACUUGCAGUUUCAAAAUCCUUCAUAAAUAAUGUGGUCUAGGUUGCCUAGGUCAUGCAAGGACCUUCACCUUUUUUUGAAACCAUUCUUGAGUUAUUUUGGCUGUAUGUUUGGAGUUGUUGUCUUCUUGCAACAUCCAUCUUCUCCCCAGAUUUCAGUUUCUUGGCUGAGGAGAUUAAAUUCUUCUCUAAUAUAUGACGUGUAAUGCCCCAGUACCAUUUGCAGAGAAGCAGCCCCAUAUCAUGAUGCUCACACCUCUGUAUUGCACUGUGGGUAGAGUGUUCUUGGCAUCAUACCUGCAACUUUUUUUUCUCCAAACAUGGCAAGCUGUAUUAUUGCCGAAGAGUUCCAUUUUUGUUUUGUCUGACCAAAGUAUUUUUUUUUUCAAAAGAGCAUUUGAUUUGUCUAAACACACACAUCUUGUGCUUCUUUUCUUUUCUUUUUUUUAAAGCAGAGGAGUAUUGCGUAGGGUAUAUGAGCAGAGGCGUGGGGUGUGGUCAGCAUCAAAUAAAAUCCUGACCCCAAAAAUUUUGAGGUAGGAAAAAUGGCAUGUGCUUUAGCUAGGAUUUUUUUUCAUAAGGUUACAAAAUUAUCAUGACUAAUAUAUUCCAGAUAUUUAUGAUGCAUAUAAACAUACGAUGUACCACUGUAACAAAAAUAAGCUAAAAGUUAGCUUAUGCUGUCUCAAAUUAAUUGGGACAGUCUUAAAAUACAAAAAGUGCAUAGAGAAAAAGAGUUGAGAUAUAAUCAAUACGUGAAACACCCCACAAGAUUUCAUAAAAUAUUGGAACAUGUUGAUGAAUUUGGAUAAGAUUUUUUAAUCCAAAUUUUUCUUGAAAUUUGAUCUAUUGAUCCCAUCAAUAAUUGUGCUACGAAUAAUAUUUU